AGCCCUCUAAGGAUUCUUAGAGCUGCCAAAUUCAUAGUUAAUGGUGGUGUGUAGUAGUAGUUUAUCAUAAAAAUAAGAACGAAUGCAAACGAGAUUGCAGCUCUUAUUCCAUGAAAGAUACUUGGUUUCCGAUUUGAUCUAUUGACUCCAAAGGAGGAGAUGCCACAAAACGGAUCAACAGCCGUACAAUUGGAUGGUUACCCAAACUUGGCCUUUGCGGAGGAUGAAAAGCCAUCCAAGGAUGCAAAUGGAGAGCUCCCAGAAGUCAGUGUCGAGCCAAGGAGCAAGGGUGUCUUUGGAAAAAAGAAGAAAAAGCCAAAAGAGGCUCCUAACAGUGUGGGAUUUUUCCAGCUGUUCCGCUACGCCACUCCCCUGGAGAUCAUUCUAAUGAUCAUCGGCCUAGUGUGUGCUGCGUUACACGGGAUAGCACUGCCCCUCAUGAUCGUCAUCUUUGGGCAGAUGACUGACAGCUUCGUGCAGAGCGGACAACAACUGAACUUAACAGGAAAUUUUACUUUUGAGAUCUUGAACUCAACGGAGUGUCUUGCAAUUCCUGGAGUAGAUAUUGAGGCGUUAAUGACACAACAUGCAUAUUACUUCGUUGGGAUUGGUUGUGCAGCAUUGCUGCUGGGGACUUUUCAGGUGAUGCUGUUUUUGCUAACAGCCACUAAACAGACCAAACGGAUCAGGGAGAAAUACUUCCAUGCCAUUUUACACCAACAAAUGUCGUGGUUUGACACACAUCCUAUCGGUGUGCUAAAUGUCAGGCUUACAGAUGAUAUCAACACAAUCAAUGAGGGACUUGGCGACAAGAUAUGUGUGUUUGUGCAGUUCUUCUGCACCUUUGUGACUGGGUUCAUCAUCGGGUUCGUCUUUGGCUGGAAGCUGACCCUGGUCAUCCUGACCGUCAGUCCUCUUCUAGCGGGUUCUGCUGCAGCAUGGUCCAAAAUUCUUGCCAGUUUGACCAGUAAGGAGCUCAUGGCCUACGCCAAGGCAGGAGCAGUGGCAGAGGAGAUUCUCGUGGCAAUCAGGACAGUUGUGGCCUUUAAUGGACAGAAAAAAGCUGUGGAGAAGUACGAAAAAAAUCUGGAGGAUGCAAAAAACUUUGGCAUUAAAAAGGCAAUCACCACCAAUGCAUCUAUGGGUCUAACUCAGUUCAUAAUAUUUGGUGCCUAUGCCCUGGCUUUCUGGUAUGGAACAAAGCUCUCUGUGGACGAACCUGAGAACUACUCAAUUGGAAAAGUUAUCACAGUCUUCUUUGCGGUGAUGAUAGGGUCUUUUUCAUUAGGCCAGGGUGCUCCAAACUUGGAGAGCAUUGCCAAAGCCCGGGGUGCUGCCUAUGAGGUCUACAAAACUAUCGACAUGCACCGUCCCAUCGACAGCAGUUCAAAGGAGGGCCACAAACCAGACUUUGUGAGGGGAGACGUUGAAUUCAAAAACAUCCACUUCAGCUACCCCUCCAGAAAAACGGUCAAAAUUCUGCGAGGAGUGAACCUGAAGGUGCCUCACGGGAAGACGAUAGCUCUGGUGGGGGCCAGUGGCUGUGGGAAGAGCACCACCAUCCAGCUGCUGCAGCGAUUCUACGAUCCCGAUGAGGGAGAGGUAACUCUGGACGGCCAAGACAUCCGCUCCCUGAACGUGAAGUGGUUGAGGGAGAACAUCGGCAUAGUCAGCCAGGAGCCGGUGCUGUUUGCCACGACCAUCGCUGAGAACAUCCGCUAUGGCAGAGAGGACGCCACCGACGAGGAUAUCGAACGUGCCGUGAAGGAAGCCAACGCCUACGACUUCAUCUCCAAGCUACCCGACAAGCUCAACACCAUGGUGGGGGAGCGUGGGGCCCAGCUCAGUGGGGGCCAGAAACAGAGGAUAGCCAUUGCUCGAGCCCUGGUCAAGAACCCCAAGAUCCUCCUGCUGGACGAGGCCACCUCUGCUCUGGACACCCAGAGUGAGUCCAUCGUCCAGGGGGCGCUGGAUAAGGCCAGGGCUGGGCGCACCACCAUCGUCAUCGCCCACCGCCUGUCUACCAUCAGGACUGCGGACGUGAUCGCUGGCUUCAGUGAUGGCCAGGUGGUGGAGCAGGGUUCUCACAAGGAGCUUAUGGCCAAGAAGGGCAUCUACUACUCGUUAGUCAUGCAGCAGACAAUGGGAAAACCAGAAGAAAAUAGUGAGGAAGAAUCCUCUGAUGAAGGCAAAUCCUUUGACAGCGGCUCAUCCUUUGACAGCUCGGAUAUGGAUGAGGAGAUCAUCGGUGAGGAAACGGCCCAAAAUGAAGGGUUUCAACAGAACUCUGUCAUCAACAGAAGCUUCCAGAGAAAGUCAUCCAAAAGGAGCAGCAAAAAGAAGAAAUCAGGAAAAAAAGAAAAGAAAGAAAAGAAGAAGGAGAAAAACAAGGAAGUGGUAGAUGUCCCUUUUUCCAGGAUCCUGGCUCUGAACAAGCCAGAAUGGCCCUACCUGUUGGUCGGAACUUUGUCCAGUCUCAUAGGAGGGGCAACAUAUCCCUGUGUUGCCAUCCUUUUUGCCAAAAUCAUUGGAGUUUUUGCUGAGGUUGAUCCAGAGGUGAAACGACAGAGAACCCUGAUGUUUUCCCUGCUCUUUCUACUCAUUGGUGGGGUUGCAUUUGUCACAUUCUUCUUACAGGGAUUCAUGUUUGGUAAAUCGGGCGAACUUCUCACAAUGAGGCUGAGAAGUCAGGUGUUCACGGCUAUGAUGAGACAGGAGAUCAGUUGGUUUGACGACAAUGAGAAUGCCGUGGGAGUCCUAACCACCAAAUUGGCCACAGACGCAUCUCUGGUUAAAGGGGCGGCUGGUUCGAGGCUGGGCUUGGCCACCAGCACGGUGUGUGCUCUCACCAUAGCCAUUGUGGUGGCCUUCAUCCACAGCUGGCAGCUCACCCUCCUCAUCCUCGCCUGUGUGCCCUUCCUCAUCGGUGCCAACUUCAUCCAGAUGAGGGCCAUGGCGGGACAUGCCUCUAAAGACCAGGGGGCACUGGAGCAGUCUGGGAAGAUAUCCACUGAGACGGUUGAAAACUUCAAAACGGUGGUCGCUUUGACGCGAGAGGAUGUCUUCUUUGGCAAGUUCAUGGAGAGCUUGCGUAAACCAUAUGAAUCUGGUCUGAUAAAAGCUCCUGUGUAUGGCAUAACAUUUGCCCUGGCCCAAGCCAUCCCCUACUUUGUCAAUGCAGCAAUCUUUCGUUUUGGCUCCUGGCUAAUUGCUAACUGCUACACCGAAUAUGAAAAUGUGUUCCUUGUGUUUUCUGUGAUUGUGUUUGCUGCCAUGAAUAUCGGAGAGUCUUCCUCUCUUGCUCCUGACUUUGCAAAAGCCAAGACCUCAGCGAAGAGGAUCCUAGACCUCCUGGAGAAGAGCCCAGAGAUUGACAUCUACAGUGACAAGGGGGAGAAGCCAACAGACUUCACAGGGGACAUUGAUUUCCGCGGCGUCCACUUUGCCUAUCCCACGCGGUCGAAUGUGAGGGUCCUGCAGGGUCUGGAUGUGUCUGUGAAGACAGGCCAGACGCUGGCCCUGGUUGGCGAGAGUGGCUGUGGAAAGAGCACCUCAAUCCAGCUGCUGGAGCGCUUCUAUGACACGGCUGAGGGACAAGUGUUUGCUGACGGUGCUGACAUCAAGAGCUUGAAUCUGGCCUGGCUGCGUUCUCAGCUGGGCUUGGUGUCCCAGGAGCCCAUCCUGUUUGACUGCACCAUCACAGAGAACAUCCAAUACGGAGACAACGACAGACAGGUGUCUCAGGAGGAGGUCGAGGAAGCAGCCAAGAGCGCCAACAUCCACAACUUCAUACUCGGUCUUCCAGAGAAAUACAACACGCGAGUUGGGGAUAAGGGAGCCCAGCUGUCGGGAGGGCAGAAGCAGAGGAUCGCUAUCGCCCGGGCUCUGGUCCGACGGCCUAAGGUGCUGCUUCUGGAUGAGGCUACCUCCGCCCUGGACACGGAGAGUGAGAAAAUUGUACAGCAGGCUCUGGAUGAUGCCCGUCUCGGCCGGACCUGUAUUGUCAUCGCCCACCGUCUGUCCACCAUCCAGAGCGCUGACAUGAUAGCAGUCAUCCAGAAUGGCCAGGUGUCUGAACAGGGCACACACAACGAGUUGAUGGCCAAACAGGGGGCUUAUUAUGCCCUGGUUAAUGCGCAGGUCUCUCACUGAAGAGACACUAUGUGAAUCGAUAAAUGGAGAUGUCAUAUUAUGAUUUUGCAAGGAUUCCGAUAACUGUGCUGUCAUUGAGUGUUUAAGAUAAUUACAAAAUGUAUACUUUACACUCAACAGUUUAGUGUAAUAGAUUAAAGAGUUAAAAGUGGGCUUGUUAAAAGGAACUACCUCACAUGUCACAUGUCACAUGUCACAUGUCACAUGUAUGGUGGAUGGUGGGUGGAUAACCCGAGGCACCUUAAUUGUAUAAUAUAUGUUUCUAUGAUUGUCUGUAUAACUUGCAGGUAAUGAAUGAAUGUCAUAGCCUAUAUUUAGCUUUAUUUCUUCUUUUUUUUUUUUACAAUUGUAAGUAUUUUAGGUAGGCCUAUUGUACACUGAAUGAAUGUAUGUUACAAUAAUCACAAAUUACAAAUUACAUCUGAAAUCAUAA